AUGCUGUGCGAGAGUAUGCUGAGUAACAUGGAGCUGAAUCUUACAACAGAUAUUGUUAAUCUAACUGUGGUUCAGAUGUACAUGCAUUUAUGGCCGCUUCCGGAGCAUGCUAACGAUGCACUGUCGGAAAUAUGUGACUUGACGGGUGCCAUUAUACACAGGGCGGCAUUCCCAAACGCCUCGAUUUUCGUGACUGCGAAACGGUCGUUCACGAAGAAUCGCUCGGGGAAUGACAGAGCAUUUUGGAACAAGCUCGAUGAUACUGUGUUGUACCGUUGCAUUAUGAUUGUAAGCGCAAUGAUCAAAACAAAUCGGUACAAGAAAAUGAAUACGCUACUGCGAGGACUCCUGGAUGGCAUCGUAUGCCUUUAUUUUUCUCAUCAUUCUCACUGUCGAUUAUUCAAGAUUUGA